AUGAAGAUUUGCAUAUUACUCAUCAAUUGCUUCUUGCUUGGUAGCACACUCAGUCUGCCAGCGGAAGAUGUCGUGAAGCAUACUAGUAUUAGCGUUAAGGAUAGCACAGAAUUUCGCAGUAAGAAAGUCGAUGUGAGAGAACCAGCUGCGGUGCAAGAAACUGUCGACGAGGAACGUGACGACACAAAUUUCCGCACAUCGCAUGCCAUUAACUUCAACGGAGUGCCAUUCCCGCGCGAAAGUUCCGGCUUGAAAAACGUAAAGCCCCAAAUUGACUCAGCGUUGGGCGAAAUGAUCGGCGAGAACAUCCGGAACAUCAUCGAUAGUCACCAUCAUGCGGGCGAAAUUUCUCAAACUGCCACCACUCCGGCGCCCAUCAACAUUAACGACAUCAAUUUGUUGGAAGCUGGUUCGGAAACGAAGCAAAAAACACGCAUUGUAACGAAAAAAGCGGAAAAUGGCAAGGAAUACGAAUACGAGUAUGUCUACUACUACGACGAUGAGGACGAUGCUUCUGAUGAAGAAGUUGUCGACGAAAAACCAUCCAAACCAGCAGAUUCGCGUAAAAAACCCGCGAAUGUCGAUACAAAAGCCAAUGACAUCGCCAAAGUCGAAGAAGACGAUGAACAGCCAAUUUACACGCGUUUCCCGCCACGAGAUAGUGUCGCGAAAGCAACAACCACAAACCAACAAGCGACCACGACGGAAAGCGCACUCACGGAGAACAAUCGUAAACAUCACGUGAAACGGCCCAGCCUUGAACUUGUCGACAGUCACAGUUUCAAUACGAACGACAAGAAAUCCACGACACGUAACUUUGAAACGGAUGUCGGCAAAUCCGAUGCCUACGAUGCAUACGACGAGAAAAUUCCCGUGACAAAAACGCCCGCAAUCGAUACGACGACACGCGAUUACAUCAUGCACAAGUCUGCCAUGGAUUUGUAUGCAAUUCUUGCCAACGAAAAUGCCAAUUCGGAGAAUGAGGUGCUCGAAAGUGAGAGUGCAACGACAACCGAUUUGCCCGAAGAGACUGCUGAACCAACUGCCAAGCCAACGACGACAAAGACAACGACAACGGAAAAAGCAACAACAACAACGACGACUACAACAACAACUACGACAACCACUCCGGCGCCCGAAGCACCCAAAAGUCCCUUUACACGUCAUAAUUUGGGUCUUCGUAAUCGUUCACGGAACCAAGCGACGCACGAAGCUAAAUCCGUGACAACUACAACGACUCAUGCGCCUGAAGCUUCCUCAGGAACGUCAUCGGGAACCUCUUUCAAGCCUGGACGAGGUCGUUUCAACAAAGCUCCUGCUCGUGCUCGUCCCACAGCUGCCAAGGAAGAGCCUGUCGAAAAGAAAACCGAAGCUGAAGUCGAAACAACGCAACCCAAACAACUCGGGCGCACCCGUAAUCGUUUCAACUUGAAGCCCGCCAUCACGCGAUCCACGACAGAAGCCACGAAAGAAUCCAACGACGAACCUGCCGCCGUUACUCCAGGUCGUAGUUCCCUCGUAAACCGUCCUCGUCCCACAUUUGCAAGUCGCGGACGUGGCGCAGGAGCUCGCGGAUCAACAACUGCCGCUCCAGAAGCGACAACUUCCGCCUCAAAUGCCGCCGAUUCGACGCAAGAUGGCGACUCAACAGCUGCCGACACAAAACCCCCGACAUCUCCAACGCAAAGUCGCUUGCCAGGACGUCCCGGAGUCGGAAGACGUAAUCCCAUCUUGGCACGCAAACAACAAGAAGCGAAAGAAGCUCAAGAGAAACACGACGAAAAAUUGAAAGAAAGCGAAGCUGAAGGCAACAAACCUUCCGAGAGCGGCGUAAAUCGCUUAAAGGGACGUCCUCGCAUCACGAUUGCCGCGACGCACGAAAAACCCGCUGCACGUCCCGUCGCCAUCAAUCGACGAGUGAAUCCAUUGUUGAAAACGCGCUUGGCAUCGACAACAGCAGAACCAGCGACAGAAACUGAAGAAAAACCCGCCGCUGCCCCAGCUACGGAAGAGAAGGAAACGGAAGAAAAAGAGGAAAAAUCACAAGAUGAAGCUUCGGCAACGGAAAGCGAAGCAAAAGACGAAAAUGUGACAGAAGCUCCGACUCCCAAACCGCAUGGGCUUGCCGCGUUACGACGAAAAAUUGUGCUACGACAACCGGGAAAACUCUAA